AUUUCUUCACUGCGAAGUAGUCACAACACGCCUCCUCUGUGUGCGUGCCAGAAUUUUGACUGGUUCUUCUCGGCAAAUUCGCGUUCAGAACCCGAACGAAACGGUCCCCUACACUCACAGGAACUAUAAACGACGUUCUCACAGCACGAACGAAGGAAUAUCUGAAUUAUUUAAUCAAACCGAGAUGGAUUUAAGGAGUUUAGCCCCAGUUGUCCUCCUUCUUGCGUUCUCUUCGACGACAGUUUUAGCACAAAGUGCCACACCUGGCGUAGUUUGCGAGUCCAUGAAUGGGACCAGCUGCGAGCAAUGUCUGACCAACGUGACGUGUUUGUGGUGUAUCAAAACCAAGGCGUGUGUGACGUAUCCAGUGAGGACAAUUUUGCCACCGCAUUCACUUUGUCCGCUCUAUGAUGCACGCUGGGGACUCUGUUGGAUGAACUUCCAGAACUUGAUCAUCACUCUUGCGGUACUGGGUGGCGUUAUCAUCAUCGCCCUGCUGGUCUGUAUGUUCUGCUGCUGCAAGUGUGAAAAUGUUGGAUCGUCAAGGUUCAUGGCCAAGAUGGACAGGCAAAUCAACAAGUCGAGAACCAAACAAGAGGAGAGGCGGGCUGAGAUGAAACAGAGACAUGAUGAUAUCAGGAAGAAAUAUGGCCUAAGUGGACCAAAUCCCUAUUCCCGAUUUGGAUGAGAGGAUUCAUACACCGGGACUUUAUUUAACAGCAAAGAAGUAAUGUCAUUUUUUUCCCCCUAAUUUAAUAACUAUACAGUAAAUGCUUAGGACGUCGAUCAGCCAAUGAACAGGAAUGUUGUGCAACGAGCCAAGAGGCUGUCAUCUAACGCUAUUAUUUUCCACUGCACGGUCCAAUUUCCUGCUUGAACAUCCUCAAACGCAAGUUCAAUUGUGACAUCUGCUAAUACAUGCUCGAGACUCAUCUGUGUAGCUGCGGUGAUUUCCCAGGAAUCCUUUUUAUUUUUCGGAUUGUUUCACAGCCAACAUUGUCACCAUUAGUUUUCUGUAGGCUCUUUCUUCUUUUUGCAACGUUUUUCUGACCAAAUGUGAUGUCUGUUGGCCUGUAGUCAGUUUUAAAAAGUUGAUGUCUUGAUAAUUUAUUGUCCUGUUUUGGCUGCUGAACAACCAUUUCUUGAAGGAAAUUUUUCAUGCCUCCAUUACAAGCAUCCUUGAAUGUAUUUGAGCAGCUGUUGAGCUUUGAAUUGUGGCAUUAGGGACCUAUUUUUAGUUGUUGGGUUUUUUUUCCACUUUUGUCCGCUUUUAAAAUGUUUCUUAAUUUAAGGCAAAUGUGUGUUUUUUCAGUAAGCAAUACGACUUGUAAAGAUGCACGCUGUGCAGGAAUUUAAAAAAAAUAAAACUAAUACCGAACACA